AUGUCCGACACGGAUGAAGAUGCAAUCUCCUCGGAUUGGGGUGCAGAGGAAGAAACGCCUCUACAAGAAGACGAUAAGAUUCAACUUUACCCUUUGACUAAAGAAACCAUAAGUGAGGGCCUUUCAUUACUGAACCGUGUAGGAAAUGGACUAGGACACGCUUUUGUCAAACUGGACCUUAAAGAAAAAAGCCUGAAUGACAUAGCUGCAAUCAGCAGUUAUAUCCACAUACGUUUUCUGGACUUAUCCAAGAAUCACCUCACAGAUCUCGCUCCUCUGGCAUCUCUGAGUCAUUUGCUUUGGCUGAAGGUUGACAAUAAUGCUGUGGCCUGCUUCAAAGGCCAGCCGUUUGGUGAGCUGACCUACUUGCAGUGGCUGAGUCUGGCGAAGAACAAGCUAGUGGACAUAGAUGGUCUGGUCUGUCCUGCCCUACAGAGUCUCAAUCUAACAGGUAAUGGUAUUCGGCAAAUGAAUGGUUUUCAGACUGGCUGUUUUGCAAAUCUAGUAACUCUAGAGCUGAGAGGAAACCUCUUGGAAACCACUGCUGGCAUUAACCUUCCAACACUGCAACGGUUAUACCUGGCCCAAAAUGUGAUCGAUCGUCUUGAGGGUUUGGAGAAGUUAGAGUGCCUUACCAUCCUUCAUCUUCGAGACAAUAAGCUUGAAACUUUUGAUGGUCUCAGCCCUAGCAUGAAGUGUCUUCAGUACCUCAAUGUCAGAGGCAAUGCCAUUACAAAUGAGGAAGUCCUGCAAAGCCUUGGUCAUGUCUCAAAAUCCUUGCGUACUUUGGUUCUUUCAAAUAACCCAAUGGAGCGAACAUUGGAUUAUCGACCAUAUGUACUACUACUUUUACCACAGCUGGAGAGGAUUGACAAAGACUUAGUCUCCAUGGAGGAUAGGACUGAAGCCUGGGAACUUGCCGAUGAGGAAAUACCUGAACCAUAAGAUUUCAAAAGAUUUCCAGAACAGGGAAGUGCUAACUUCUUUGAAGAAGUUGCCUUUCGAGUAAAAGUGGGUGACUGUGAU